UUGCUCCAUUCGCUAGUCGUCGCUGGUCGAACGCGAGGUUCGUAAGGUAAAUAAUGGCGGAGCCGUACGUUGUUAUUACGUGUAGGCGAUAAUGGUUAUUUGUAUCUUGGCACGUAAACGUACGAGGUAUCGGUCCAAUUUGAAAAGAUGCGUCAGUUGAAACGCGUCCUCGCCGCGUCGCAAAUGUGAAAGCGACGCCCGCGAGGCGCGAGGACGCGCAAGGGACGGACCUCCCGAGAGAAAGAGAGACAGAGCGCAAGAGUGAGCGAGAGUCUCGCGGUAGUGUCGUAAUUCGAAGUAAACAGCAACAACAGUACCCGCCGCGAGUUCUCUAACGUGAGAGACGUUACGACACCCUCGUUCCGUGUUCCCGAACGGGCAGAAUGAGCCGCGGAUGGUACGUUGUGCGACAUGAACGGUUCAGGAGGUAUUUUUGAUAACGCUCCCGUUACCCCCUGUGAUGUGAGGAGAUCCUGACGUACGUGGUGCUCGCCCACGACGUUACGUGCGCGUGUUUACUUGUGCCUGUACGGAAAAUUAUUCUUUCGCCGUUCAUCAUGGUGCACGGCAACAUACCGAGCGUAUACAAAUAUGACUUUUGGAUGGAGAGGCCCGGGGACGCGCACGAGCCCGCGGUGGUGGAACUCACGUGCCUGAUGCCAAACGGUGUUGUCAUACCGUUUGAGAUCAAUCGCAAUAUUACCUUAGAUCAGAUCAAGGAGGAUCUGUGGGACGAGGCUAGUAAAUAUCCUCUUCAUGGAACGUUGAAAGACGCCCCGUCGUAUGUAUUUUCGUGUAUUAACUCCAACGCAGAGAUAGAAGAAUUGCGAGAUGAAACGAGACGUCUCUGUGAUAUAAAACCCUUUUGUUCGAUAUUGAAAGUUAUAGAACGCGAGGGUAUAAAAGAUGAUAGAAAUUUAGACUCGAAAAUUGGUAACCUAAUCGGCAAGGGUUUGCACGAGUUUGUUGCCCUGAAGAAUUCCGAGAUCAACGACUUCAGGUGGAAGAUGCGACUCCUAGGGGACGAGGUGGCGUUAAGUAGACAGAAGAGGAGCUGGACGGAAAAAAUGCGUUAUCAAUUUCCGUCGAGGAUAUCGUCGUCACCUACCGUACCUAAAAAUAUCGAGUCCCGUUUGAAAGACGGAAAUAUCGUUUUAGUUACUAAAUUUGAAAAUUCGGAGGUAUCGUUUACUUUUCAAAUAGCACACACUAUUACGCCUCUAAAACUACUUGAGGUAAUCCUGACCAAGAGGUCAAAUACUCUUAAGACUCGCGGCGACCCAAACGACUAUACGCUUAAGGUUUGCGGACAGGAAGAAUAUUUGAUUGGUGACAAUAUCCCUCUCAUACAAUUUGGUUAUAUUCAAGAUUGCCUAGCAAAAGAUGUCACACCUGUACUGGUUACGUUCAGCAAACAGAGCAUACCUAUGGACCAAGAUAGCGCCUUCGACAAUCCGGACGUGGAUACGUUGCAACGCACGAAGCCAUCGUCCUCUACGUUAACGUUACGUAAAAAGGGCAAGCAUAUCUCGGCGUGGAAAAUCGAAGAACCUUUCGUUUUUACUGUGAACGGAAUUUCUCGACUUAACUGCGAUCGUAUUAUAGAGAUUGGACUGCAAGCUGGCCUUUUCCACGGUGGCAAAUCCCUAUGCGAAAGUCAGAAAACCAAAGAAAUUACUGUAAGUGCCGACGGUAGUUGCGAAUGGGAAGAAACUCUCAAAUUCGACAUUAAAGUCAGAGAUAUACCGCGGAUGGCACGGCUGUGUUUUGUAUUAUACGAAAUCAGUAAAACUGCAAAAGGUUUAAAGAGUAGAAAACUCAUUAAGGAUUCGAAGCAGGAAUUCUUCAUAAAUCCUCUAUGUUGGGCGAAUACGACGGUAUAUGACUUCAAAUCGCAGUUAAAAACGGGUGCUAUGACAUUAUACACGUGGACGUAUGCGGAUGAUAUACAAAAUGACGAUUUACUUCAUCCUCUCGGGACAGUAGUCUCCAAUCCACAUUUAGACAGAGCAGCUGCUCUAAUGUUGACGUUUCCAAAUUAUGGAAAAGAUCAAUGUGUCCUAUAUCCUACGCCGGAGAAAAUGGUAGAAUAUGCCCAAACAAUGCGAGAACAAUCUAACGAACGCUUGGCUAAAGAUUUAAAUAUGGAGGAGUCCGAUGUUAGGCAACAAUUAGAUCAACUGAGAUUACUAACCGACAGGGAUCCGCUGCAUGAAUUACACGAACAAGAGAAGAAGACGAUGUGGGUGUUGAGGCAUCAUUGUCUUCGCGAAAUCCCGACGCUCUUGGCUAAACUGUUACAGUGUGUUGAAUGGAAUGAUCAUAGAGAAGUUGCGGAGGCUACUGCGCUUAUACAACAAUGGCCGAAACUGCCAGUAGAGAAAGCGUUGGAGCUGUUAGAUUACGCUUACGCUGAUCAAAACGUCAGAAAUUUUGCCGUUCGUUGUUUAAAAGACGUUACCGACGACGAUCUCAGCCUCUACCUGUUGCAACUGGCUCAAGCUUUAAAACAUGAGAAUUAUUUGGCGUCUCCUCUGACGGAAUUUCUCUUAAAGCGAGCACUUAAUAAUAGGAGGAUAGGCCACUUUUUAUUUUGGCAUCUCAGGUCAGAAAUGAAGGUUGGCGCAGUGUCCGUUCGUUUUGGCCUCAUACUGGAAGCAUAUUGCAGAGGAAGUCAACAGCACAUGAUAUCAUUAUCUAAGCAGGUGACAUGUUUGGACAAAUUGAAAAGUAUCUCGAAGCAAGUGAAGAUGAAAAAGGAUCGCAAGGCGGCCCUUCAAGGCUUUCAGGACAUCAUACAAGAACCACACUGCCAGGAGGCGAUCACCGACAUUCUUAAUCCUCUUGACCCGAGUUUCAGAUGGAAUCACAUCAAAAUCGAAAAAUGUCGAGUAAUGGACAGUAAGAUGCGCCCGCUGUGGUUAGUUUUCGAGAACAGUGAUCCUUCCGGCGAAGACGUUUUCUUAAUCGUUAAGCACGGAGACGACUUGAGACAAGAUAUGUUGACACUUCAGAUGUUACGUAUUAUGGAUAAGCUCUGGAAGAAGGAGGGCUUGGAUUUACGUAUGAAUCCGUACGGUUGCAUAUCUAUGGAGAAUAGUAUCGGGAUGAUAGAGGUGGUGCUAAAUGCAGAGACAAUCGCAAACAUUCAGAAGGAAAAGGGCACGUUUUCCGCAACGGCGGCCUUCAGGAGAGGUUCCUUGUUAGCUUGGUUAAAAGAUUAUAAUCAUACGGAGGCGGCGUUAAAUAAAGCGAUCGAAGAAUUUACUUUGAGUUGUGCUGGUUACUGCGUAGCGACGUACGUUCUCGGGAUAGCCGACCGACAUUCUGACAAUAUAAUGAUUAAAAAGACUGGACAACUAUUUCACAUCGAUUUUGGUCACAUUCUGGGCCACUUCAAGGAGAAAUUCGGAUUCAGACGCGAACGAGUACCCUUCGUUUUGACCAACGACUUCGUACACGUGAUAAACAAAGGUCAAACGAAGAAGGGGCACGCCGCCGAGUUUCAAAGAUUUCAGAAUUAUUGCGAGCAAGCAUUUUUAAUUCUACGCCAACACGGUGGACUUAUACUGUCUCUGUUCGCCAUGAUGAUAUCUACCGGGCUGCCCGAAUUGUCGUCGGAGAAAGAUCUGAAUUAUCUUAGAGAUACUUUGGUCCUAGAAAUGUCCGAAAGCGAAGCGCAAAAGCAUUUUAGAAGCAAAUUUGACGAGGCCCUCUGUAAUUCGUGGAAAACGUCGUUAAAUUGGGCGUCGCAUAAUAUGUCCAAGAACAAUAAGACGUUGUGAAUAGCAACAAUCGCUGAAUAGCGUGAAAGAUCCUAUAUAUUCAAGAACACUGUCAUAACGUCGUCCAAUGUUACGUCGCGCUACAAAGUGCGACGUUAAGAUGAACGCUGUGACACAUUUGACGAGCACGCCGCACGUUUAACGCUGCUUGUUCGAGACUGAAGGAUUAAAAAAAAAGGAAGCUGCCGCUUCCGACGAGCGUCGUGUCGUCAGGAUUGGAAAUCGACGACCGUAACCAGUAUUGGAGACUGUAAUAAAACGAUCGUUGCCGAGUAUCAAUGAACUUGUAUUGUCGAGAGGUAAUUUAGUAGAAUGGUUUGUCGAGACUCGGAUACAUUUGUACAGUUUUAGAGUUCUACUUUGUGCAGCACAAGCAGUCGGUGCCUACGUUCCAUAUGACAGUACUUUUUUUAACCGCGGACGUAUGGUACAUAUCAAUUGAACUACAAGAAUCUUCUUCUAAGUUCUCGGUUAAAACACUCGGUUUAUAAGACAUUUUUAGUUUCAAUUAAUUGAUCUUAAUUCGAAAUUGUUAAAAUUGGUCUUACAAGCUAAGACAGAAUUAUUUUUUGUUAGACAAUUAAAUCUCGUUAAGUUGGUUAGUAUUCUAAAAUCGUUUAUCACGAUACGCCGAAAGCCUGUGAUGUUACACGAAUGUUAUUUGCAACAACAAACCGCUAAAUAUCUCAUUGCCGUCUCGUUAACAUAAAGAAACUGAUUUUGACUCUCUACACGUAACGAAAUAGAGGCAUUUGUUGUAUUGGAUUUAUCGCUAACGUAAUAAUGAAAAGACAUGCGCCGUAACGUUGUUUAAUUCGAUAAAAGCGAAAGGAUGAUCGUUUAGAUAACGGGUGAUGCGGUUUAUUCCGCACCAUUGGCAAUGACAGUGUGAUAAUCUAAAGCAAUAUAUAUUUUGCGAAAUUGUCCACGACAGUACCGGUAAAAGUAUCACGACCAAACGAUCGGCCUGGGACGAUCUUAAUCGAAAUAGUUAAGUGUACUUACAAUUCGCUGGCUAGUGCGAUUGUACGUGCGACAAAUUAAAUUUUAUAGUACAAAUAGUUAUACUGUGUUUUCCAAAACCGGCUUCGAUCUCUACUGAAAUUCUUUCCGGUGAUCUUCGGUGGAAUAUGGAUUGAAAUCGCAAUCACAAUAUAAUUUAUUUGUUCAUCGGUCUUCUUAUUUUUCUUUGAUUCAUAAUUAUUUGUAUAAAAUUCGUUGUGUCACAUAUAACGCCGUACCUCAGACUCUGGCCGUCGAAUUGUGACUAUAGCUGUAUGUUAACGAGUCAAACAAAUAGAUUUGAAAUAAUUGAGUAUUUCGUUUAAACACGAUUGUACGAAGACCUGCGAAUUAAUUGCCGAUUUGCGCUCUGCCGACCGAAGAUAUUUUUCUUACAAUUAUUUUCUUACGUUUACAUUCAAAAGUUCGCAUCUCGUUUAACGGAAAAAAAUGACGAUGUAUUUCCUGCUGUGGUGACUGGUUAAAAUUUCUUAAUUAUCAUCACGCGUGAUAUCGUGUUUUUGAAAUACAUAUACGCGAAAAAAAAACGUAACGAAAGAAAACCACUACGAGAGAUAUAUAUUUUGAUAAAUAUACUGCAAUAUAUUAUUAUUAUCCACAUAUUAGCGAUAGUUAAAUCAAUAGGCCAUUCAUACUUCAGCGCUGUCCUACGUAAUAGACCGCUACGCUUUCUAAAACGGCUCUAAAACGCACGACCGUACGCGCGCUCCUCACAAUGUAAGAUAAGAUAAUGAUCUCUAAUACACUAGGAAGAAAUAAAUAAUGUUGCAGACUGCGUCAAUGCUGCAUAUAUCCAUAUCAUCAUCCUCUUCUCUUACUAGCGCAUUACGUUUCAAUUGUCGUACGAAGAAGAAAAGGACACUUCAUACACAUAACAUUAUAGUUACACGUAUAGUUACACGUAUAUGCAUCUCCUGAUUUUACUUCUCAAUACCGCUUUUGAUUUCUUUAUAGACGGAUUUGCGCGGGUCCUACCAGAGCGUAGAUAGGGCGAGGUAAAUACACACGGGAACCGAUGGAGAGGGGCACACGUUCCUCCAGCCAAUCUCCGUGCGCGUAUAUACCGUGUACGCACGUUCUUUCACAUCGUACGCAGGUGUACACGUAUCCGUGAUACCGCAAUCCCGGGGAAAAGAAGCCGGCUUGUUCGUCGAACGUAUUUUUCCGUUACACACUAUCUCGGGCAGUAAUCUAUUUUUUUUUUUUUUAUCGUCUCGCCGCAGUACCAGAACAUGUAAUUUUAUACAAAACGUGCAUAGAUCUUCUGUAUUGGUCAGUGUCUGUUGUAAAUAAAAAAGAAACCAACUUUGAAGCCUGAA